AUGGCGCUGCCCGGGCGGCCGCCGCUGCCGGCCCCGGUGUCGGUGUCGAUGCUGCUGUCGGUGCUGGCGCUGCUGGCGCGGGCGGCCACGCCGGAGCCGGGCCCGGCGCUGAGACCGGUGCCGCCGGAGCUGCCGCUGCCGGCGCAGCCCCCGGACGCGCUGUUCGCCGCCGGGGCCGAGGCGUACUCCCGCGGGGACUGGCCCGCCGUGGUGCUGCAGAUGGAGCGGGCGCUGCGGGCGCGGGCGGCCGUGCGCUCCCGCCUGGUGCGGUGCCGCCUGCGCUGCGCCGACGCCGCGGCCGGGCCGGCGGAGGGGAGCGAGCCCCAGCCCGAGCCCGUGCUCCGCGACUUGCUGUUCUUCCGCGGGCUGCUGCGCCGGGCCGCCUGCCUGCGGGGCUGCGGGCCCGCCGAGCCCUCCCGCUACCGCCUGGGCGACGAGCUGGACCGCGAGUUCGUCAAGCGCAGCCCCUACAACUACCUCCAGGUCGCCUAUUUCAAGAUGAACCGCCCGGCGCAGGCGGCAGCAGCCGCACACACCUUCUUCGUGGCCAACCCCGGGCACCAGGAGAUGAGGCAGAACCUGGAGUACUACCAGGCCAUGGCAGGCGUCAGCGAGGAGGAUUUCACCGACCUAGAGGCCAAACCUCACCUGAGCGAGUUUCGGCUCGGUGUCCGGUUUUACAGCGAGGAGCAGGCGGCUGCUGCCAUCCUGCACCUGGAGAAGGCGCUGGAGGAGUAUUUUGUGGCAGACGCCGAGUGCCGCGCGCUCUGUGAGGGACCCUACGACUACGAGGGCUACAACUACCUGGAGUACAACGCAGACCUUUUCCAGGCCAUCACAGAUCACUACAUGCAGGUGCUGAGCUGCAAGCAGGGCUGUGUCACGGAGCUGGCCUCACAGCCCGGCCGGGACAAGCCUCUGGAGGACUUCCUGCCCUCACACUUCAACUACCUGCAGUUUGCCUACUACAACAGUGGGAACUACGAAAAAGCCAUUGAAUGUGCCAAAACCUAUCUGCUUUUCUUCCCAAAUGAUGAGGUGAUGAAGCAGAAUUUGGCCUAUUACAGCGCUGUCCUGGGGGAAAACCUGGCAGGACCCAUCCGAGCCCGAGAGGAGAUCCAGGCGUAUCGCCAGCGGAGCCUGAUGGAGAAGGAGCUGCUCUUCUUCAGCUACGACGUCUUCGGCAUCCCCUUUGUGGACCCGGACACGUGGACGCCUCAGGAGGUGAUACCAAAAAGGCUGCAAGAGAAACAAAAGGCGGAGCGGGAGACGGCGGCGCGCAUCUCCGAGGAGAUCGGCAACCUCAUGAAGGAGAUCGAGACGCUGGUGGAGGAGAAGGCCAAGGAGUCUGCUGACAUGAGCAAGCUCAUCCGAGAAGGCGGCCCUUUGGUGUAUGAAGGAGCCAGUGUCACCAUGAACUCCAAGGCCCUGAACGGCUCCCAGCGCGUGGUGGUGGACGGGGUCCUGUCUGCCGAGGAGUGCCGGGAGCUGCAGAGACUCACCAACGCGGCUGCUUCAGCCGGGGACGGCUAUCGCGGGAAGACGUCACCUCACACCCCCAGCGAGACCUUCUAUGGCGUGACUGUCCUCAAGGCCCUCAAGCUGGGCCAGGAGGGCCGGGUGCCGCUGCGCAGCGCCUUCCUCUACUACAACGUGACGGAGAAGGUGCGGCACAUGAUGGAGUCCUACUUCCGCCUGGACGUCCCGCUCCACUUCUCCUACUCGCACCUGGUGUGCCGCACGGCCAUCGACGAGAAGCAAGAAGGCCGGAGUGACAACAGCCAUGAGGUGCAUGUAGACAACUGCAUCCUCAAUGCAGAGGCCUUGGUGUGCCUGAAGGAACCUCCAGCCUACACCUUCCGGGAUUACAGUGCCAUCCUCUACCUCAACGGGGACUUUGAAGGAGGAGCUUUCUACUUCACCAAGCUGGAUGCCAAGACCGAGACCGCAGAGGUUCAGCCGCAGUGUGGCCGUGCCGUGGGCUUCUCCUCCGGCUCGGAGAACCCGCACGGGGUGAGAGCCGUGACCAAGGGCCAGCGCUGCGCCAUCGCCCUCUGGUUCACGCUGGACCCUCGGCACAGCGAGCGGGAGCGUGUGCAGGCGGAUGAGCUGGUGAAGAUGCUUUUCGGGGCAGAAGAGGGGGAGUUUCUGCAGGAGCCGGUGCAGGAGCCACUGCCCGCUGUGGUGGGGGGGAAGGACGAGCUGUGACAUGCCACAGGGACCAGCAUGUCCCCAGCACAACCAGCACCACCAGCAUCACGGCUUCAGGCUGACGGACAGGACCCCCCUCGGAGCAGGGGAUGCCCUGCACCCUCCCCUCCUCGCUGAGCUGACCCAGGGGGGUCACAGAGACUCUGGGGGCAAGGGAGGGAUGUUGUUGAAGGGGUGAGGACGCGCUGCCCCGGCAGCAGCCACGUGCCUUUCCACUCGGCUGAGCUGCGGCCGUUCAAGUGCCUUCUGUAGAAAUGGGAGAAUAAAAGUGGGGUUGUUUUUCUAA